AUGGCGGACUUCGCGCUUGGGUUAGCCAAGACGGCGGUGGAGGGGACCCUGAGCAGAGUCCAAUCUGCGAUCGAUGAAGAGGACAAGCAAACGAAGGCGGCACAGCAGGACCUGGUGUUCAUCACCGGGGAAUUACAAAUGAUGCAAUCCUUUCUUAACAUCGCCAGUAAGGAGCGUGUCAGGAAUGAAGUGGUGAGGACCUGGGUGCGGCAGCUCCGUAACCUGGCCUUUGAUGUCGAAGACUGCGUCGAGUUCGUUAUCCACCUAGAUAAUGACUCGACCUGGAGCUGGGUGUGGCGCCUGGUGCCGUCCUGCAUGGCACCACCUCGGACUCGGGACCUGGACAUGGCGGUCGCUGAGCUGAAGCAACUCAAGGCGAGGGUCGAGGAGGUAAGCCGGAGGAACGCCCGCUACAAUCUAAUAAGCGACUCCGGCUCCAAUCCCAUCUCACAGUCACCGGCAGAGCAGCUGGCCACCACCGGCCAAUCAACAAUUGAUAUCCUGAUGGAUCUAUGGGAGGCCAAUGCGAAGCAACCCGGUUUGUGCGACCUCCGAAAGUUGAUUACCAAGGAGGGCAAUGACCUUCAAGUAAUUUCUUUGUGGGGAAGUGCAGGAUCUGAUAUUGAGGUGACGGAGAUCAUCAAUGAAGCUUAUUGCGACCAAGAAAUCUACCACAUAUUCAAAAGACGUGCCUGGGUAAAGGUGGUGUUUCCAUUUAACCCUGACGAGUUCCUCAAGAACUUGCAGACCCAGUUACAAGCCAGCUCUCGGUCUUGUCAAGCGGUCGAUUUCAAGGGCAAGACUUCAGAAGAUGAUCCCGUGAAGCAAUUGACUGAGCAAAGAUAUUUGAUCAUCCUCCAAGGAAUAUCCAAUGUUGUAGAGUGGGAUAUCAUCAGAAUGUACAUGCCUGACAAUAACAACGGCAGCCGGAUCAUCGUGUCCACCAAGCAGAUAGGGGAUGCAAUUUUUUUCACGGGGGUGCGAUACCGAGUAUCAGUGCUCAAAGAGUUCACUGGUGGCCAUUAUCUUUGUGCAUUUUAUAAGAAGGAUUCUAGGCAUCGGCAUCGAAAUGUCAUGGGCGACCUCAUUCGGCUAUUGCGGCGUCCUGGUGUGAUAUCUAUUUGGGGGACGGGUGAUGACAAAUUAACUCUUGUCACAGAACUGUUCAACUUCAUAUCGAAUAAGAAUAUGUCGCAAUGGUUUCAUGCAAAAGAUAUAAGGUACGGAUGGGUUGAUGUGGCCCAUCCAUUCAAAUGGAGCGACUUCCGCAAGAGCUUGAUGGAGUCGUUUCUUAAGGAUGAUCCUGCAAACGGUCAUGUAUACUACCGCCAGUGCCUGGUCGUUAUUCACGGUGUGCAGUCCACCGAGGAGUGGCAGGACAUAAAAAGUGGACUCGCAUCGGAACAUAUCAUGGGUUAUAUCAUUGUCAUCACAAAUCACGAAACUGUGGCCACAAGUUGUGUACGUCAUGACUAUCAUGCCCUCAACAUCAACGACGUGGCCCUUCAUCCUUCCAUGCAGAUACGUGACUAUAUGGAAGAACUCUUUUGGCGACUACGACAUCGUAGCGUGAUCUCCGUGUGUGGUGACACAUCAACACUCUUAAAACAAGUGUACGACGGCAUAAAGCAUCAGCAUGUGGAAUUCAAGGAGGUAGAACAUUUUGAGUAUUACGUAUGGGUGGACGUACCCCAUCCAUUCGAUCAGAAGGAAUUCUUUCAUCGCUUGUCCAAGGGAUUGUUUCCGGAUGCAGAGGAUGAGGAUGCAAAUGAAAGCUUUUAUAGGGCUCAUGAAAAAAAGGGCAUUUUUAUCAUAAACGGUCUGCAAUCCACGGCAGAGUGGAAGUUGAUAAAACCAGUCCUCGUGGGGCAGGUUGCUGAGAGUCGUGUCAUCCUUAUUUCAAAUGAAGAAAAUGUGGCCAAACAUCUUGUAGAACAUCUGGAAGCCAACGAGGCCCACAGUCGUCCCUUGACAAAGGCCACUGACUACUAUGGAUAUGGAGAUAACAAGGAGGCUUCUCGAAGUAUGUUUCUGCCCAACAGAAUGGAAGAGCCAAAUUUUUUGCAUUUUGGAAAGGAGGCGUAUUUUAAGUUGAGCCGCAUUAAACGACAUACUGGGGUCAUCUCGGUAUGGGGCAUUGCUGGUGUUGGGAAAUCAAAUCUCGUCAGACACAGCUACCACUCCUAUCUAGAUAUGAAGUUUAAUUAUUGUCUCGAUGAAAGGUUUGCAUGGGUUGAUGUGCCCGACCCAUUUGAUUUGGUGGAGUUUUCUCGGCUCUUACAUCUGGGUUUCCAUCGAUGUGAUCUUGAAACCAUGGAAGCUGUAGCAAUUGGUAUUAUGCAGGGCCAAGACCCAAUUCAUGGGUGCCGUGAAAUUCUUCUUCAAGACGGGUAUCUUACCAUUACCAUUAUUAUUGAUGGCCUGCGGUCCACGUAUGACUGGGACUUGAUCGAAACCGCCCUUUUAUCCCAGCCUACUACAAAGUCCACAAUAGUUGUCAUCACAACUGAAGAAAGCAUUGCCAAACAUAGUGUCAAGCAUCAGGCAGAUCAAAUGAUCAAUGUCAAAUGUCUAGAAGAUGACGAGGCUUAUGAUAUCUUCAAAAAGAUUAUUGAUCCUGAGGAGCUGGCUAGCCUAAAGGAAAAGGUGGACCUUGCAAAACUUGUAGCAAAAUGUGGUGGCCUUCCGCAAGUAGUGUCUGCUAUAGGGAAAGUCUCUGGGUCAUUCUUGGAGCAUAUGAAUGAGGAUUUUAUGGUCAAAUUGGAGACCUGCCCUCAGUUACAUAGUUUGAGCGGUAUAUUAUCUUGGAUGCAUUCCUAUUUUGAUGCUUGUUCAGAUUUGGUAAAGCCAUGUAUCUUCUACCUGUCUAUCUUCCCUGCAAGCAGCAAAAUUAGGCGAGGUCGUUUACUGAGGAGAUGGAUCGCCGAGGGCUACUCCAGGGACACACCUGGUUGUACCGCAAGGGAGAAUGCACAAAAGCGUUUUUCUGAGCUUGUUGAAUUGAGCAUAAUCCAGCAAGCAACAAGUCAGGUCCAUUGUAAAGUUAACGGAUUCUUCCGUGAAUACAUCAUCUCGCGGCCAAUGGAGGAUAAUCUUGUUUUUACAUUGGAUGGGCGUUGCUGUCCAAACACGCAACGCACAGGACAACACCUGGCCAUAAUGACUGACUGGCACAGGGACCAAAAUGUGUUUGAGAGCAUUGACUUCGCACGGCUGCGGUCUUUGACGGUGUUUGGGAUAUGGGAUUCAUUCUUUAUCUCCGACAAGAUGAAGCGGCUUCGAGUGCUCGACCUAGAAGAUAUGAUAGAUGUAACAAAUGAUGAUCUUGAGCAGAUGUUUGUGAAGUUGUUGUGCCUCAAGUUCAUCUCCCUGAGAGGAUGCAGGAAGAUUAGUCGUCUGCCGAAUACAUUGGGAGGGCUGAGGCAGUUACAGACUCUUGAUGUAAGAUUGACCUCCAUAGUCAUGUUGCCAUCUGCUAUCAUCAAGCUACAGAAGCUGCAAUACAUCCGUGCAGGUACAGAUCAAGAUUGGACAUCGGCAUCAUUAGAAGAUUGCGAUGGGGUCAGAAGCCAACUACCAGCAGUAACAUCAACAGAGCGAGAAGGCCAUGAUGGCAACAUAUCUGCAGGCCAGCCAACAGUAAAAACAUCUCCUGAAAAUGGCAUUGUCGUAAGCUCAGCACAGGCAACAACAUCAACAGAAGCCCCGUCAUCUACUUCAGUACCUCAGUUGCCCAAGUUUCCACGUGUUACGUGGAGCUUGUGUGGGUCCGAAAGAGAUAAAGAGGCCCAACAUCAAAAUGGCGGUGGUGUUGAGGUUCCUGUUGGGAUUGAAAAACUUGUGGCCUUGCAUACUGUUGGUGUAUUGAAUGUCAAUGCAGCAGGUGGGGAGGCCUUUCUGAAGCACCUCGCAAAACUAACCCAAUUGCUCAAGCUUAGAGUGUGUGGUAUCAAUAAGAAAAACUGGCAGCUGUUGUGCUGUGCCCUCUCGGAAUCAGAUCAUGGCCAUAUGGAAUCCUUGUCAGUGCGAUUCGACGAGGAUUGCCUCGACGAUAGAUUCAACCCGCCCAAGACCCUAAAGAGCCUUAAGCUGUACGGGCCUAUAAGGAAAUUGCCUGUCACUAUCAAGGCUCUUGUAAAUCUCAAAAAGUUGGAUCUUGAGAUGACUAUUACAAGGGCAGAUGACAUGCACUUAUUCUUGAAAGACAAAUUACCACGUCAAGGAGUCCUAAAUCGUCUCUGCGUCAAGGUGCAAGGAGACCUUGAGGUAGAUUUUUCCUCGUUUGAAUUCCAAUACUUCGACUCUGACGAUCUGUUCAAACCUCGGGUCCUCAAGAUGGAUUGUAGCUCCAAGUUAGAGGUAACUUUUGGAGGCAUAUUAGGCUUUGUUGAGGUGUUGAUAAUCCAGUGCUCCAAGGGAUUAUCUAUCCGGGGAGAGGGGCUACAACACUUGUGUAGUCUCAAGAAAGUCUGGCUUAAGGGUACCCACAACGAGGAACAACGGGUGCACCUGAAGGAACUAGUUGACCGUCUUCAUAACAAGGCAAUUGCCUUGAAACUGGGGCCGAUGUAA